CGGCUAGCCUGGCAGUGUCUGGAGGGCAAAGCAGCGACGCAGUAGCGGCUAGCCUGGCAGCGUCUGCAGGACAAAGUAGAGACUAGCCUGGCAGUGUCUGGCAAGCAGUGUUGCAGCAGAGGCUAGUCGGGGAGUGUCUGGCAAGCAGCGUCACAGAUAGCGGCUAGCCUGGCAGUGUUCAGGAGGGCAAAGCAGCAGAGACUAGCGAGGCAGUGUUUAGGACGGGCAAGGCAAGGCAGUGUCCGUGAGACGGGCAGGUUCGCCGCGUCGGGAAUCGGUACUGUCUGCUGAGCUGGCGGACAGGCACGGAGGAUUUGUCCGGAGGGACAACAGUGUCCGGACAGGACAGAAGUGUCCGGACAGGACAGCCAGCACUCUGACAGCGACGUAAAAGGACAGCCAGUGACCAGUCUACUGGCAGUACCGGACAGCCAGUGACCAGUCUACUGGCAGUAUACCGGAUAGCCAGUGACGACCAGACAGUGUCUGCCAAAGAUUGUCGACCAGGGUGAAGACAAGUGGUUUCAGAAAGGAGUGGAGGAAGUGGUGGUAUAGGCGAACAGUGGUGUGGAGAACAGGAUAAACUCCAAAGACGGAUAUGGAAGCUCACCUACCAUCGCUGAUGUCACUGCUACUGCUGCUCAUCCUCCUUGGCUCUGGUGCCGACGCCAGAAACUGGGCACAAACACACCGCAGAAAUAGUUUGCAGCAAACCGAAGGCAUCUCAGAGGACUCUGAUCAUCAGUUUGUCGACGACGGAGGGACGUGUCUGGAGCUGAGCUGCGGAAGAGGUCGAACGUGCCAGGAGACUGAAUCAGGAGCAAUCUGUGUCUGUGUGAACCAGUGUCCGGACCGGUACAAACCGGUCUGCGGCUCGGACGGUAUGAUCUACCCCAACCAUUGUCAUCUUCAUCGGAGAGCGUGUUUGGACGGUCGACACAUUGGUCCCAGGAAGAUGGAGAAGUGUCUACCACUGAACGACGAAUCUUCCAAGGCCGAAGCUGAUUCAGCGAAGACAUUAGAACAUCAUGACGUCAUCAGCGGGCAAACUGGAACGCCACCGGUCCACAGCCCAGUCAACGUCACGGUGACGUCAUCCGUAACGUCAUCUGUGACGUCAUCGUCCACUCCCAGAGAACCAAGCGGGCUCGGCACCAACAGCUCUGCCGCUUCUAAUGAUGACGUCACCACGCCAGAUGACGUCACUGAGAUCAGGGGCGACCACAUCUGCUCUCUGCAGCAAUUUCAAAAGAUGAAGGACACACUUCUGGCCUACAGCCGCGGUCAACUGGAGCGAGAGCUGCCUUCUGGACACGCCAUUGGUCGGGAAUAUACCAUCAGUCGAAUGUUCAGCCAAUAUGACCUCAACAACGAUGGACAGUUGCGUCUCGACGAGCUCAAUGAGGCUACAAAGCGGUAUCAGCUGGCCGGACUGACCCCCGGCUGUGACCUCACCGACCUCGCCCACUUUGACGACACCAGUGGUGACGGCGGGUUGGACAUCAACGAGUUCUACACGGCCUUCAACAAGCUCUACAGCAUCGCAAUGGUCUCCCUCGACAAGGCUCUAGAGGUCAACAACCUCUCUGCCUUCGUCGGAGAUAAUGUGGAAAUUAAAUGUGACGUCACAGGAUCGCCCGCGCCGCGAGUCAUCUGGAAAAGGUCGGGUCGUGACCUCUCUCAUCUCUCUGAAGCAGACUCUCUACGCGUGUUCGCCGAUGGCUCCUUAUAUCUCAGCCACGUGACUCUGAUUCACGCCGGAAAUUAUACGUGUCAUGCCGAACAGAAUGUGGAAGUGCAGCAGACACAUGUGCUUACCAUACAAGCCCCGCCGACCUCUGAGGUCAGUGUCCGUCUCCAGACCAAAGGAGUCGGUCAGCUGGCCUCCAUUGAGUGCCACGUGGACGGAGUGCCUCCACCUCAGAUCUCCUGGCUCAAGAACGAGGCGCAGCUGAUUCGUCAGCCGGGCCGAUAUGACGUCAUUGGUGACGGAAGUCGGCUUGUGAUUGGUCCACUGAGCGUCAGUGAUACAGGCGCAUAUAUGUGUGAGGCCAGUAGUCCGGCGGGUCGUUCGAGGUCUGUGAGCAGUCUUCUGGUUCAACAGGAGGAGGAGCAUCAUCAGCAGAGGCAUGGAAGCGACUCGGGUCGACCCUCGCGUCAGCUGAUGCUGUUUCACGACUGGGGAAUAUCUCUGUAUGAUGCCGACAGUUGCCGACUGGAGCAUCAGAUUCAGGGAUCCGACAUCAUACCCGGGACGCAGGAGUACGUCUGCGGCGGUGUGCAGCGCGCCUGUACCUGGGGCUCGGCCGUCUCUGUCGGCACAUCAUACGUCUACAUCAGUCAACCUCGUCUUCAGCGUGUUCUGGUAGUCAGCCGCCAGCAGCAGCUGGUUGUGGACGUGGUGAAGACGGAUCAGCUGCCCGUGAAGCUGGAGUAUGUGCCGCAUCUGGAUCAGGUGUGGGUGCUCAACUGGCGUACAGAAACAAACCACGGAGUCCGAACUGUGGAGGUCAUACGUCAGGCCAGUAAGCGGCGGUGUCACUUCACCGUCCACCUUCAGCCUAUCAACGACCACGUGGACCUGGUGGUGGACAUGCUGCUGCCUCCGGCACAUUUCUCGGACCAGAAGUUCCGCUACGGCUUCGUCACCCACAGCAACCACCGCGGGAUGUUCAAAGUCGACAUGCAGACCCUGAACUUCGUCAAGUCGGUCGACCUGACGCCCUACAACUGUGUACCGCAGAAGGCACAGUUUGCCAAAUUCAACGGGUUCGUGGUACUCUCCUGCCAAGAACCGGUGACGUCACGAGACAGCGGUCAGCUGUUGUAUGAUCAGCUGACGGACACAGUCGUCAGCGCUCAGCCAAGUCUACUGGGAGAACCCUACCUCACUCCGGACUCUGAAACCUGUGUAACCGUGCAGAGAACUAAUGACGUCACGGCUGUACGAUCCGGUGACGUCACCACUCUGGCCGUCCAGAGACUCACAGGUCGUGGCCUGGAGUUUGCCUUUGACGUCCGCACUCCACUCAACAUCAGCGACGUCACGUUCCAUCCAAGCCGCACCGGUCGCGGUUAUGAUCUGUACGCCACGGCAGUUGGCGUGCCGGAAGUUGUUUUCAUCGAUCUGAGUACAGGUCAGGUACAGAUCCUCACAUCGGUCGGCAGUCGUGGAGGACCCAGACGCACCUCUCCACUGUGGGGCCGACCGGAGCGCCCUCUAUACUCGGCCGGCCGAUUCCAGAGACAUCUAUCGGCCGCCGACGGAGACAGAAUGCUGGUUCUCAAUGGAGAUACCCAGACGGAGAAUUGUGAGGUUGCUGGGCUCCAGGGGCUUGGCAUUACACUUUGGUUAGACCCCCUCGCUGAAACACAACAGUGACGUCAUACAGAUGUGUCAAAAGUCGUGGUGACGUCACAUAACUAGCAGCGACAACAGUGACGUCACUUACAUAUAAUCAACACCAAUGAUGCAGCUAUAUAAGCAUAAUAAGCAACGCUAGUGACGUCAUGCAAAAAGCCACAGCAGUAUUUCUGACAUCGCCAAUACCUACAUCUACACUGAUGACGUCAUAAUGCAUACAACAGUAUAGACGUCAUCUUUUUAGGUAGUGAUGACGAAAUAUGCCAAGUAAGACUGUGUAUUGUGUUUACCAUUGGCGAAGACUUAUGUAACCAGAUGUAGAGAAGCCAAAAGGGAAAAGUCAUUGGGUUGAAAGAAGGGGUAAGAUAAUCCUCAAGGGGUAAGUCAAUAGGCUUUGAAGUUUGAAGAAUAAAAUGGGACAGGGGUAAGGUUUCCUGGUAGCAUAAGGUUGUGAGCACCGCAACUGAUGAACCUGCUUAUAGCUGCUGACAAUGUAAGCGCUAGCAACGGCAGCACAGCGCUGAACAGCCCUUUUGCAGCGAUAAUGUGACGAAGCUCGUUCGAUAUUGCAUUUAUCUACGGGGUUGAUGUGAGGAUGAGGUUGAUAUCUACGUUGCGUGCAGAUUUCACGAUGAUACGAUCUCCAACCACAAGUCGCGGUUGAGAAAGCUGAUGACGUGCACUGAGCAGCCUUGUAGCUCAGUGCGGUAUAGGGCUUGUAUACAGGAGGAGCCAUGGUGAGCCAUGGAGCAAUGGUGAGCCUUAAGCUAUGAUGAGCAGUGCAACCAUGGUUAGCUGUGGAGCCAAGGAGCUAGAAGAGCCAUAACGCGACAAGUCAGGCUCAUAAAAUACUGAUCUCAUUUUACACCAAAGAAAUACUGCAACUCGACGUUGCGCUGGUACAUGUCUUGAUUCUUCAUGAAGGGGCAAGACCCUUGGCAUGUAAACAUGUGUACUAUGCACGUCCUUUGUUGCCCCUUAGGUUUAUGUGACGACGAACCUGUAGCGAACGAUUUUACUACGCCAUCGUGGAUAAAACGUCAGUUGGAGAAGGAUAAAGCCGUAAGAAUUGGGGUCGAUGUUGUGCGUUCUCAACGAAAACUGUAAUAAAUGGAAACAUUUCGUCCAGUGGGUGCCAACCGAAAGGCCAGGAUUCGAGGAAGCGUCGCCUAAAGUCCAAGUGAUUCAUAAUUGAUGCAUUUUCAGUUGAAGCUUAGAACGUGUUGUAUGGCCGUGUGCUUGUUGCUAUCUGGAUUUAACGUUUCCUUAAGGUGUACUCUCUCAUCGUAAACCGUAUACGAUCUUUGCUAUUAUCCAAGGAAUUUAUUCUCUAGUCAGAUAUCCGACAAUGCUAUCCUGCAUUCAUUGAACAAAGCACUGCAAAAAGCUGCUGUCUACGAGUAGUAUUAUGUGCUAUUGCUGUAUGCAAGUCUGUGUGUGUAACGCCUGUAUAACAUGUAUCGCCUCUCGUUACGUUCGGUCGUAACGUGACGGUUAUCGUGACGAUACGAUUAUCGUGACGAUACGAUUGUCGUGACGCUGUGUGCGCUCGUCAGGUGUCGUGGAGCUACCCUCCAGCGAAAAAGCCCAGCGAAAAUGUUUGAUGUUCAGUUCACCGUCGCGACAAAGGCCGACAUAUGUCGGUAGCUGCCAGCCGUCUGAAUAUGACGUCACUUAUGUGACUUCGUGUGACGUCAUACCGCUGAACGGCAGCUGCCUUGUAUAUUUAUGUCCGAUGGGUGACCGCGCUUAUUGCACGUAUAUGGUAAUAAAAGCAACGCUCAGUA